AUGUUUACAAAUACAUCUUUACUUCACGACAAUAAUGUCUUUUUUAAUGGGUCUUUGGCUCACAGCGUUGCUGGCCUUUGUACUUGGGCAGCACUUUUAAUUACCAGUUACCAAAUUUAUCAGCAUUUAAGAUGGUAUUCUUGUCCCAGUGAACAGAGAUGGAUUAUUCGAAUUCUUUUUAUUGUCCCAAUUUAUGCAUUUGACUCUUGGCUGUCUCUUUUAUUUUUCUCAAAUGAUGUUUAUAUCUACUUCAAUUCUAUUCGUGAUUGUUAUGAAGCCUUUGUCAUCUACAGUUUCCUCAGUCUCUGUUACGAAUAUUUAGGUGGCGAAAGUAAUAUAAUGAACGAAAUACGCGGCAAACCAAUUAAACCAACAAAUAUUUGGACUUUUACUUGUUGUUUGGCGGGGAAACAAUAUACAAUUGAAUUUUUACGGUUUUGUAAAAAGGCUACUUUACAAUUUUGUUUAAUUAAACCAAUUAUGGUGGUGCUUACUUUAAUGUUGAUGAUGGUUAGAAAAUAUGAGGAUGGAAAUUGGAGGUUUUUUUUUAAUUUUUACAUUUUCGAAAUUUAG